CGGGCCGCGGAGCCCGCGGGCCCGCGGGGCCCCCCCCCCGCCCCGGCCGCGCCAUGGCGCGCUGGUGCUGGCGCGCCGUGCUGCUGGCGGCGGUCGGGGGGCUCGGGCAGGCUGGCGGCGAGCCGAACCCACCCGUGUGGCCGUCAAGCGUCAAGGUCUUCGGCCCAGAGACGCCGACUGACGAGAUCGAGGGCGCCGUGAAGAGGGCCUUCGCGGAGAACGGCGCGGGCGACACGGAGCAGUACGACUGGGGUGGCCCCGUCCCCCCGGACUACGUCCCGGACCACGGCCAGUUCUCGGACAGCCGCUUCGCGUUCCUCUUCAAGCCGGGCAGCUACCAGGCGGAG